ACGUGUGGAAUCAGCUGACACCGGAGCUAACAAAACAUGUGUGCAACCUUGGCCGGGUGCACUGGAGAAGGGAAGAAGCCCACAGGACUCAUCAGUCUCCUGCCAGCAGCGAGGACAGACAGACAGCAUGAGCACAGCCGGAAAAGUAAUCAAGUGCAAAGCGGCUGUGCUAUGGGAGCCUCAUAAGCCCUUCUCCAUUGAGGACAUAGAAGUCGCACCCCCCAAGGCCCAUGAAGUCCGCAUUAAGAUGGUGGCCACCGGGGUCUGCCGCUCAGACGAUCACGUGGUUAGUAGAAGCCUGGCUGCACCUCUUCCCGCAGUUCUAGGCCACGAGGGAGCUGGUAUUGUGGAGAGUGUUGGAGAAGGGGUGACUUCUGUAAAACCAGGUGAUAAAGUCAUCCCGCUCUUUACUCCCCAGUGUGGAAAAUGCAGGGUUUGCAAGCACCCGGAAUACAACUUAUGUAUGAAAAAUGAUUUGAUGCAGCCUCGGGGGACAAUGCUUGAUGGUACCAGCAGGUUCACCUGCAGAGGGAAGGCAAUUCACAACUUCAUCAGCACCAGUACUUUCUCCCAGUACACUGUGGUAGAUGAGAUGGCAGUGGCUAAAAUCGAUGGGGCUUCACCACUGGAGAAAGUCUGCCUCAUCGGCUGCGGGUUCUCAACUGGUUACGGCUCUGCUGUCAAAGUCGCUAAGGUGACCCCAGGCUCCACCUGUGCUGUGUUCGGCCUCGGAGGUGUUGGUCUGUCUGUGAUCAUUGGCUGUAAAACGGCAGGAGCGGCCAGGAUCAUCGCUGUGGACAUCAACAAAGACAAGUUUGCAAAGGCCAAAGAAUUGGGUGCAACUGAGUGCAUCAACCCUCUAGACUAUAGCAAGCCCAUCCAGGAAGUACUCCAGGAAAUGACCGAUGGAGGGGUGGACUUUUCCUUUGAAGUAAUCGGUCGGCUUGACACCAUGACUUCUUCCUUGUUAAGCUGCCAUGCAUCGUGUGGUGUAAGUGUCAUUGUGGGGGUACCUCCUAAUGCCCAAAGCCUCUCAGUGAACCCCAUGUCACUACUAUUGGGACGAACCUGGAAAGGAGCAAUAUUUGGUGGCUUUAAGAGUAAAGAUUCUGUCCCUAAACUUGUGACUGACUUUAUGGCUAAAAAGUUUCCACUGGAGCCAUUAAUUACCCAUGUUCUACCUUUUGAAAAAAUAAAUGAAGCAUUUGACCUGCUUCGUGCUGGAAAGAGUAUCCGUACUGUCCUGACCUUCUGAGACCAUAUCGAUGCCUUCCUGCUCCUGACCCCACCACAGCACUGAAUCGCAGCACCAGCCAAAUCACAGCGUUAAUUUUGUUCCUUAGAGACACUACUAAUAAAGUACUCAUGUAAGCGUUCCAUGAGAAACUGAAUUUUUUAUGAAACUGUUUUCAAUCACAGGCAAGAGCUAUCACACAUCAGCUGGGGAACUGGAGGGUACCAAGCCUUCCCUCUUAUUUGAUUGACCCAGGGCAUCUUUCCUACUGGGGACAGUGUGUCUUAUGACAUAUUGCAUUCUUUUCUCUCUGGAAUCUGUAGUCACUGAAACUCAGUGGAACAGAGAGAUUUUCUACACCAGUGCACACAGGAUAACCUAUGUUCUCAACCCUCCAGCCACUUUCCGUCUGUACUUCCUUCUUUACAAAAUGGAUGAGAAUGGGGUAAAAACCACAGCAUGCCAGUGAAAAUGUAACUGCUAAAUAAAAGCAAGUCUGAAAAAAA